AUGAAAAUCACACGUUGUGGUAUUCACGGUUUCCAUGAAACGCUCGGCAUCGAUGCCGAGGAGCUGCGCUUCUACUGGACCAUCACCAGCGACGUGCCCAACACUCAAUCCGCAUACCAAAUCACCCUCUCGAAAGAUGCUUCAGCUUUCAAUCAAGACACUCCCUCCGAGACGAGCGUUUUCUGGACCACCGGGAAAGUCGCCAGCGCUGAGCAACGCAAUAUCCUCUGCAAACCCUCCGACGGAUUCGAGUCCAUAACGAGCUACUUCUGGCGUGUCACGGUCUGGGACGAAUCCGAACAUGUCUACCAUAGUGCUAUCAACCAUUUCUUUACCUCCUACCCUCGCUCGCGCCUCCUCCCUCCCUACAGCAUGAACCAGACAUACAUGCCACACAGCAGCCUUAUCUUUCGCACAUGGUUCGAAAACGAGCACGACAGAUGGAAGGCCGUCUGGAUCGGCGACGGCGGCGACAAGCCCAUUUACCUGCGCAAAUCGUUCAAACUGUCCGCCCGCCCGGUGCGCGCGGUCCUUUUCGCCUCGGGUCUCGGUCACUUUAAUAUGUCUGUCAACGGAUCCGCGGCUUCCGCUCAUGUCUUGGAUCCGGGCUGGACGAACUACCAUCGCCGGGUCCAGUUCACGGCAUACGAUGUCACGAAACACUUGUCGGCGGGGGAAAACGUGCUGGGCGCACAUGUCGGGAACGGAUUCUACGCGGGAGAUCAGGGCGAUCGGUUCUUCUGGCCCAUGUAUGAGGAUAAUACGUACGUGCGGUAUGGGAACGAGCUGUGCUUUUUCGGGGAGUUACAUACCUUCUAUGAGGAUGGGUCGCAUGCAGUUAUGAUUUCCGAUCCCUCGUGGAAAGUGCGGAAGAGCGCGACCUCGUUGGCGAAUAUCUAUGCCUCCGAGACGCAUGACAGACGGGCUUAUCCUGAUGGCUGGGAUAAUGUGGACUUUGAUGAACAGGAAUGGGCCCCUGCUAAGCCGCUGACUGGCCCGCGGGGGUUCCUGUACUAUCAGUCUCAGCCACCGGUUGUGUUGCAUGAUACGUUCCAGCCUGUGAAGGUCUAUUCGCCGACGAAGGGCACAGUCUGUUAUGAUCUAGGCCAGAACGCGUCGACAAUGGUCAAAAUCGAAGUCAGCGGGCCUGUAGGAGCGGAGGUGAUCAUCCGGUAUGCGGAGACGGUGAAAGAGGACGGAACGGUCCUGAUGCCUGACCCACUGUUCAAACAAUUUGAGACAGGCGUUUACUCGAAAUUCUACCUCUCGGGCUUAGGUGUUGAGACCUGGGAGCCCGACUUCAGUUUUACCAGUGCGCGGUAUAUCCAGGUGGAAGGCGUGUCGCUUUCCGCUGAUGACGGACUCCCUGUGAUACACUCUGCUGUGGGCCGCCAUGUUUCCUCCGGAGCACGAAACCUAGGCACAAUGACGACCGAUAAAGUGGACACUAACGCGUUGCUGAACGCUCUCUAUUGGACCUUUAGCAGCAACCUCUUCAGCUACCACACCGAUUGUCCACAGAUCGAGAAAUUCGGUUGGCUGGAAGUCACGCACCUGCUCGCCCCUGCGACACAGUAUGUUCGUGAUAUGGAAUCCCUGUAUACGAAGAUCCUGGACGAUAUUCUGGACGCCCAAGAACCAAGUGGUCUGGUUCCCACAAUGGCCCCGGAAAUUCGCUACAUGUGUGGCCCCCUCCACGAUACAAUUACUUGGGGCUGUGCGGUCUGUUUGUUGCCCGAUAUCCUGCGAAAAUACUACGGCUCUACCCAUGUCAUCCCGAGAGUAUAUCCGGCAGCCGUGCGCUACAUGGAAUACAUGCAGAAGAAAGAACGAAAGGGCGGAUUGAUCGAACAUGGUCUCGGAGAUUGGGGCCGAGACAUUGCGUUCGGAAACCAUCAAGCAAACAUUGAAACAGCCGUUUAUUACCGCUGUCUGCGCUGCGUGGAGGGCAUGGCUAGGGAACUAGGCUUGAGCGAUGACGCAGAGAAGUACUCGCGCUGGGCCGAAAGAAUUCGCACCGUGUACAACCAGCAUCUUUUGGUGACCGAUACUUCGGAAUAUGGAUACGCAUACUACACCUCGCUCGACGACUACCCUGCGCGCGAUCGCACAGCAGUCAACCAAGGCGUGGCCCUACAAUUUAGCCUUGUUGCCGACGCGCACCGCGAAGAUGUCAUGAAGGCGUUCCUCGCCGACACAAGCGACGGGCGCAUGCGAGCCGGCGAGAUCGGGCUCCCGUUCCUCUUCAGCACGCUUGCGGACGCCAAACGACCGGAUUUGGUCCUGCAAAUGGCGCGACAAGAAGAGCACCCAUCGUACAUGCGCUUCCUACGCCGCAGAGAAACAACGCUGCUCGAAUUCUGGCAGGACGAGUGCCGCAGCAAGUGUCAUGACAUGCUGGGCACAAUUUAUGAGUGGUUCUACCGUGCCGUGCUGGGAUUGAGGAGCCUCGAGGACGCGUACCGGCGGUUCGAGGUUGACCCGCCUUAUACGGCGGAGUUUGGACACGUCAAGGGUAGCGUGGAGUGUCCGUAUGGAGUGAUUUCGGUGGAGUUUACAAGAGGAGACGGUGAGGUGAAGUUGAAUGUGGAAGUUCCUUUCGGGACGGUGGCUGUGGUCAGGGUUCCCGAGGGCAGAAAGGCGGAGGUUGUCAAGAAGGGAGAUAGCGAGGGAAAACUGUAUGACGAAGAUGCUGACCUGUCGCAUGGGGUUUAUUCGAUCACUGUGCGGGAGUAG